GCUUAACAGAUUGCUUAUGUCAAGCAGUCGUCGAGUAGUGACGAGAACGCUGGCGUUUUUUAGCGGAAUUAUUGUAGGUAAGUACCUUAAUAAUAGGUUGAAAAUCAAAUCUCUUAACAAAAUAAAAUCCAAGUCGUUUUAAUUAGCUUAGCAACAGCCAGCUUAGUGGAUAACAGAUCGGAAUUAUUGUGUACACAUUUGACAGCGCGGCGAUUCCGGCACAUUCUUAAUACGUCGAGAAAGUCCCCUUUCUCUCGUCAAAAAAUUAGGCUACUCCGUCAAACGAACGCGUUUGGUGUUUUUAUGUUUCAAAUUCGCUGAGGGGUGAAGCCGAAGAAGAUAGCAAAUUAAUUAAACCUAGAUUGUGUCCCCUCUUAACCUAGUAGUUUUGAUUUCGAUUUUACCUUUGGCGCGAAAUGAAAGAGUAGAUAUAAGCAAAUUGAGGCGUCGAAAUAUUCUAGUGUUCCUAACCCAUGCUAGCCUCCCCGCAGACGUCCUUUGGGGUUCGUUUGUCACGCAUUCAUUUCUCCCCCACGGCAAAUUAAUGAACACAAUUCGGUCUUCGUUAUAAAAUUUGCAGGAUAGCUUCUCUCUGAUACUUGUUUAACUCUGUAUUAAUUACAAAUUUCUCGCACACUCGAUCAAAAGCCUCACUGAUCGUGCGAAUCUUAAGAAGCGGCUCGGGUUACGUUUUACAAAAAUCCGUAAAUGGCCUGUGAUUGGUGAACGUAAAUGUCGGCUGUGUUUAGCAGACGUCCGUGGGGGAGAAAUGAAUGCGUGACAAACAAACCCCAAAGGCGUCUGCGGGGAGGCUAAACCCAUGCGAGUCGAGCUGGUGUUGGCGAGGUUGAAAACUAUUGCUGCAGUAAUUCUUUUUUUUUUUUAAUUUAUCAAGUUAUAAUACUUAAGCUUAUAAACGGUUGACUACUUUAUGUAGGCAUAAUUUUUAACUCAACAGGGAUUAGGCAAGACAAUCUGCAUUAUGCUGGAAUAUUAAGUUCUAUGACUGAUCCUUACAUUUCAUCAAAACUCUGCCAGAAUCCAGGCCAAAAGGUCAUAAGAUUUUUAACAUUAUAUGAGACACAUGCCACAUAUUCUAAAAAGACUAAUCAAUGCCGGAUUGAAAAUUAGCAAAAAAGUGCAUAGCUGCAAUCAGGUUGACGUCCAUGACAUUUUCACCUAUUUCCCUGGAUGAGUCACCUCAACAAUUGAGUAAGGAAAGCCAUACAGUUAGAACACGCAUGCAGAUCUAUGCUUAUUAUGAUGCUGAGCAUAUUUAUCUAAUUGGCUCAAAUCCCGUGGCUAGUUCUUCAAAACCAGGUAGCAUUGAUUAAAUUUGGAAGAUGUGAUAUUUGGAAAAUGACGUCAAUAGUACAGGGUAAAUAACCAAAGAAUGGACAGACAACAACCCAGAAGUCCUAGGGAUGUGGUUGUGUUGUUUUAAUAUAGCUGGACAAAAUGGAGGAACUUUUUACAUGUUUUGCGAAGAAGUAAUAGACCUCAGAGGAUGUUAUCCAGCUCGGCCUUUGGUCUCUGAAAAUAACAUCCCCCCCCCCUUAACCCUAAGCCUAACCAAAACAAACCCCCUCCUCCCCCACUGUGCUAAGCUGUUAUGGAUAAGGCCAUUUUGGAUAUUUACUGGAAGUCACACAAUCUCACUUUACCUUGCCUAGCUCAGUUUUUUAAACAGUCCACAUUUAUACCCAGUCUAUAGUCUCCAGUCUAGCUGUAUUAUACUGACCAGACAAAAUGAUAAUUAAUAAGAAGAAUUUUAUUACCCUGUUGUUUUUUCUUCACAGCUGUAGAACAAAAAAAUUAUAACAAAAAAAAAACCAAACAUACACAUAAACAAAACGAAAUAAUAAAGAAAGAGAGAGAGAGAGAUGAAUCAAAUACAGAAUGGAUGGUUCUCAGAGAUCAAUGACCAGUGGCCAGGACAAGCUCUCUCCCUUGAGGUGGAAGAAAUUCUUUACACAGGAAGAUCAAAAUACCAAGAUAUUCUGGUGUUUAAAAGGUAAGUAAAGUCACAUUUUGAUCAAAAGAAGCAAUUGUCAUGAUUUUGACGUACCUUAUAUAUCAAGUAAAGCAGAACCCCAAUUGACGGGCACCCACUUUAUGUAAUUUAACACCCUUAAAUAAAACAGUGUCGUUUGUGCCGAAGAAAAGCUUGUAUAUUUUCUCUAAAAUUAGCCAGCUUACAACAGACUCCUGAGUUUAUACAAACAAUGGACUCAACAUUUGUUUGCCUUCCCAAGUAACAAAUUCCCAUUAUAUCGUGAACCCUUCAUGGGCACUUUUUACCUGCACACUGUCUAACGACUGAAUAUCUAUUAAAAACCUAUAAUGAUGAAAACCUAUGGAAGCAUUUCAACCUUAGGGCGCUUUCCAUUUGUCAGAACUGACCGGCCGGACCCUUAAUACCCUUCAUAAUGAGAAUUUCACUAUUAAUCAAAACUAUCCAGCUAGAUCAUCCGAUCAGUCAAAUCCUAAAUAGUGUGUAGGAAGGAGAUGGUUCUUCAGCAAAAACCCUUGGAAAAAGCCUAUUUCAUUGUCAAAAUAACUGGUCCGGUAAUGGUCUGGCCGGCCAGUUCUGACAAAUGGAAAGUGCCCUUAGAUAUAGAAGGGAGGUUAAAAUGAAGCGCUAUGUUGCAAAGUGACUCUGAUGAGAGUCUAAUCAGUGCCUUAUAUGUAGUACUGAAAUGGCAAUGAGGAACAAGUGCAGAAAUUCCAUAAUGAUGACCUAUCAAUACCCACAUCUGGAUAUAGUGCUUCUGAAUGGAUGAGGCAAGUUUUCAACCUAUUAGAAGCCCCAUCCUGAUCUGCGUAGUGACACAUCUCCUGGAUGGAAUUUCUGUGCUCCUCCUUCAAACAGGGGCAUAGCCAGCCUAUAGACCUGUAGGCCCGGGCCUGCAAAUUUUUGGUUUGAUCACUCUACCAUUUGUAAUAAAUUAUACGUUGUUGGGAAGAGCUGAAAUGCGUAAGAGGUCAAAGUGUUGGUGAGGUCAGUCUGUACUAGUCAUGCGUGCAAUUUUCAGGAUGAAAGUCAGCCAGGCCUAUAACUAGUUGAAAAGCCGGCUACACCCCGUCAGAUAAUCAUUUGGCCACGGGUAAGUGGGCUUUUUUUCUCAUCCCAACUAUUGCAGGCGCCUUAUUGUAGCAGAUUCUCUUUGUGGUUUGCCUAUCAUUGGCAAAUCAGCAUACAUGUAAUUACCUCUCAAAAUAAUGUCUUUCAGCAAACACCAUGGUAAAGUUCUCGUUCUGGAUGGAGUUAUUCAAUGCACUGAUAGAGAUGAAUUUUCUUAUCAAGAAAUGAUCACUUUCCUUCCACUUAAUUCUCAUCCUUGUCCCAAAAAGGUAAAAACUGGGCAUGAGCAUACAGAAGUUCAAUGUACAUGUAUUUGACUUUAUUCACUUAAAUAUUAUCAUUAUAACUUAAUAGCCUGUGAAUGCAGCUGUCAUUCCUCGGUCCUUGCCACUUAGUGCGACUUCAUUAAGAUAUUUAUGGAGGACUUCUGAUCCUUUUCUCUGUUUAAAAGUACUUUGAUUUGAUUUUUUUAAAAGAGAAAUUACGGUAGGCCUAUUUGGAGUUUUAAAUCUUUCUCAACAAUGCAAGUACUUUGAAAAAAAUAUUAUGAUUUCAUUACUUAAUCAUCAUCUCUUGACCAGAGUCGACUAAACAUGCUAACAAUGGAGUCACUGAAAAAAAAAAUGUUGUCUUGCCAAUUACCCAUAAAUUGUUGCUUGUCACACUGAAAUUACUAAUUUCUAAUUUGAAAUUACUAAUUUCUUGUUGAUGCCAUAAUUGUCAUCUUCAGGUUCUUGUUGUUGGUGGUGGUGAUGGAGGAGUCAUAAGAGAGGUGUCCAAGCAUCCAGCAGUUGAAUCCAUUGUGCAGUGUGAAAUAGAUGAGGUUAGUUAUCCCUAAAAGUUUAAUAACAAAAAAUGCAGGGGCACUUACCAGAUGUGGGGCAUGAGUGGUUAGCACCUCACAUCUGUUGGCCAUUUCAGAGUCACUGUCUUACUGUCUUUUUUUUAUCUGACAGGAAGUGAUUAACAUAUGUAAGAAGCAUUUGCCUAAUAUGGCAAAGGGAUACAGUUCACCUAAACUGACUCAGUGUAUUGGGGAUGGCUUUGAGUACAUGCAGCAACAUGAAAAUGAAUUUGAUGUUGUCAUUACAGACUCAUCAGAUCCUGUUGGUAUGUAUCAUCAUCAUCAUCAUCAUCAUCAUCAUCAUCAUCAUCAUCAUCAUCUUUAGUUACAAGAAGUCUGGUUUGUGCGCCUGAUCUCUUACUGUAUCUAGUUCCCACCCAUUCAAUUUACCACUAACUUGUCUGUGUCAACAAAUUACCCCCAAAUCACUGGUUUCUUUCUGAAUCACAAAUCACACCUUGGGUGGAAAAAUUGACACCUCAGAUAUCAAUUUUCUGAAAGCUCAGCUCUCACUUGAUAGACCUGUGUAGUUUUUAUUUUCAAAAAUUCCUUAUUAUUCGAGAAAUAAAUUUUUUCAAAUGGAAGAGUUCGUAGCAGAUCUAAUACCUUAACAUUUAUAAAGUUGUUUGCAUUGCUAAUUCAUUCAUACGGUCGGCUUGUUAACUUCCUCAAGACGUAAGAGACAUUACGAAUCUACGACGACGACGGCAACGGAAGCUUAAGCAACACAACAACUCUGCACGUGCAUCACGCUUUUUUGUACAUUUCUUUGCAGUCCAUGCACAACUUAGUCUGCUACACAGGGUUUUUAGUGUCGUCAUGCAACGCCUCUCCCCACUAACUAGUGGGGAGGAGCGUUGCGUGACGACGCUAAAAACAGUUGUGCAGCAGACUAUGCACAACUACGAUGCAGUGAAAUGACCAGAUUUUAAGUUUACUCGAGAACGGGAACGGGAAUUCCACCAUCACUGCCUGAACUAGGGCGCGGUCCCCUUACUUCAACUCCAACAUGAAUUCCCUUCAUUGAAGUACAACUGUAACAGCACAACUUGGGGUAAUCGUGAAAUAGUUUGAAAUGAUGCAUAGUCUAUUUUACAGCGACUUUUUCGUGGACAUCGAUCGCCGUUGUCGGAUCGUAAGUCACCUAUAAUGCCAACUAUGCGAAUGACAGCAACGCAAAAGACUCUGCACAUGCUAAAAGUCGUGGCUGAAAGUCCACUGCUGGCUUUCUGAAUAUAUUGAUUUGAAAAGUUUAAGGUUUAAUAAAGCGAAAUUGUGUAAGUUAUAGUUGUAGCAAAACAAAUGUGGGCGGGCGUUGCAAAAUGCAAAAUCAAAGUGAAAUACCUUUUUUUUUUUGUUAGCAGGUUGUUUUUUUAAUUGUUUUGUUAAUGGUUUCACCACAGGCCAUGAGUGAAUAUUAAAAGGUUACACUGUACUUUCCCUGUCUUCCUUUUAUAAACCUAUGGUCAAAAGGUGGUAAUCAGUGUCACUCCUUGAAUGUGUUUGCAUUUUACUUUCCAGAAAACAUGUCUUUAGCAAAUUUGUCUCUUAACAAACCAUGUAGCAUCAUGAAUAUCUUCACUGUAUUUUAAAAUUGUUCUCUUUUUCUAUUGCGUUAGGUCCCGCAGAAUCUCUUUUUAAAGAAUCAUAUUAUGAACUUGUGAAAAGGGCCCUAAAACCAGAUGGUCUUCUCUGUUCGCAAGGUAGUCACUCAACUUUUACUCUAGAUGCACUUUGUGGUAGUAUUUAAACUGCACAAGCGGAUUUAAUUCUCUAUAGCCCAUCUCUUAUCGCUUUUUCCUCCUGUAGACUAGAUAUUUUGUUUAAAAAAAAUCUUCCUUGCAAAAGUACUUUGACUAGAUCAUCAUUUCAAAAUAAAAGGUACGUUUAUUUGUUCAGGUACUCUUGAUUAGUAGACCCCCUCACAGCACCAGAAAGAUCGACCGGGCAUUUUGUUUACGUUUUUUAUGGACCUCCAGAUUCAAGAUAUGAUUGUUCGAUCAAGACUGGACAUUAUUGAACUUCUUGAUGAUAAAACGAGUUGGGGUUGGGGAGGGGCGGAUUCGACAAGACCAAGACUGUCAUCCAUGAAGUAGCGUGUGUGGCUUUAACAAAUUAAUUAUCACUCUAAUAGUCACGUGGUUAUACUUUGAAGUGUGAUAAUGUAGAUAAAAGACAUUUGUCCGGCCACUAACUGGUUUUCCGGGCAAAGAUAGGUUUGACCGGGCAACUUGCCCAGCACCAGCCGGGAAAUAAUUUUAAAACCUGACUAAGGUUUUUUAAAAAUGUCAUGAUGAUUGAUUUGCCGUUCUUGUUUAUUAGUGUGUAUUUCAUAUUUAAUUUACCAGGAGAAUGCAUAUGGCUUCAUAUACCGCUUAUAAAGUCUGUGUUAGAAUUCAGUAGAAGAUUAUUUCCUGUGGUUAGUUAUGGCUACACUACAAUACCCACCUACCCCAGUGGACAAAUAGGAUUUAUACUCUGCAGCAAGAAUAAGGUAGGAGGCAUUUAGAAUUGAUUUUAGGCGACGCUCACACGGCAUCGGAUGAAAUUUCUACCGGGUGAAAAAUUUAACCGGACAUUUGUUCACACGGAACGUUCGCCCAGUUCACACACAACUUUGACCGGCUAGGAAUCUAAAUUUCCGUCCGCGGUCAAGGUUGUUCCAUGUGAACGGAAUACCUAAACCGUUCGAAGGUUCAUCCGUUUCCGUGUGAACGUAGACGAGUUCAGCAUAAAACCAGAGUAUAGAAGAAGUGGUUAUUCAUAUUCGAGCCUUUUUCCUUCGGCAGCCAGGAAAGACACAGGUAUGAAAAAAAUAAUGUUUUGUAAGCUGGUUGUUUGAUAAAGUUGAAAUAACUAUCAUGUGACGAGUUUGUGACUAAUGGAGUUAAAUAAUAUUAAUGGCGAACAGGUAUUUCAACUUAGAAAGUUUCCAAAUCAUGUUUUCAAUAGCCUACUUCCGGGUUGCCCCUACAGGGUGUAGCCUCUUUUUUAUAAAACUAUUUAUCUUUUUUUCUCUACCUCUAUUUUAUCGUAUAUCCUUAUGCCAGUUGUGCUUUUAUUUUUAGGACACAAGAUUUGAUAAUCCAGUUACUCUAUUUACGGAUGACGAACUUGAAAAAAUGGAGCUUAGAUAUUAUAAUGCGGAAAUUCACAAGACAGCAUUUACCUUACCUCAGUUUGCAAAGAAGGUAAUUUCCAUUUCUCGUGCUAUGGUAGAAUAG